GGUUUCUUCACCUUUUUUGUAUUUAUUUUAAAUAUUAUCAAUUUGAUAAUAAACACAUUACACAUCAACUUCUGUCCAGUCAUCGGCAAAUCCAGAGAUGACUGGACGUCUCGCCAAGGUUACACCUUGUUUUUACAUUUUCUUGGUUCAUAAGUUGGUCAACCUGUUUGUAUUUUAAAAUUUAAAAAUUGAGGUUAGUAUUUUGUUUAUGUUUUGUUGUAGUGCUACAAUGUAGUUUGUACAAAUUUAUUUGAACAAACCACAUUAUUUAUCAAACUGUUUUUGUAUAGUUUUAGAAUCAAUUUUGUUUUAUAUACAUCGUGUAAAUCUUGUACGAGAUGAGCUACAUUGGAAAUAAAAACUUUCCUAAAAGUAAAGGUUCAACUGAUAAACAACGUACAAAAUGUGUCAAGUUUUCAAAAGCUUCUGGAGAUGACAAACCAGUAGAAAAUGACAAAAUAAAAAAGUCUUGUAUACGUACAGUGAGCAAUACAGACGGAUCGGUUAAAAGUUGUUCGUCCUCGGUGAUUGGUUUUGAUUUGACAGACAGCAUAGAUUCUAAAAAUGUAAGUUCUACAAAUCAAAGAAAAGCUGACAUUGGAAGUGACAAAAACGAGGAAGUAUCCUUGGAUUUAGAACAAACUGACAACUUCAAGCUUGCUGUUCCUGAACUGUGUACAUCUUUAAAGAUUGCCAACAAUUUGCUGGGCGCUGUCGCAUCUGCCAAAGACUUACGACAAGCAAAUAGUCGUGAGAAAAAUGUUGCACUGGCCAAAUCUAAGGCAAUGGUGAAUGUCCCUUUCGAAGAACACGUGUUCAAGGACUUGAUUGCUCUCAAUAUAAAUACUGACGAUCUCAUCUGCGGCACCAGAAUGAAGAGCAAAAAGUUGGAGCGAGUGAAAGACAGUGAACCUGAACUUUCCGACUACUUUAAUCCGUCGUUUGACAACGAAUUUAUCGUCAAAUGUGCGCCUGUGCCUUUUGAAAUCGACAAGAAUCGCCUCUUUGACGGGUUUUCACUCACGGAACGCGCUAGAAAUUGGGAAGCUAGUGAUUGAUUAGUGUGGAUAUGAUAUUUGUUUUAUUAUAAUGGAUGUUUAUGUAUAAAUAUGAAUAUAGAGUUAAUUGUUGGAAAAUA